AUGGAAGGUUCAGUGGUGCGACUGAUUGGACGUACUCUUGUACCAUUUGGUGUAUACUUUUCCCAGAACCAACGACCGACCUCGAUAGUGCUUGAGUUACAACUAGUGGACUUGCAUAGUACCAACACCCCAAGAGAUAAUGAACGACCCAGAAAGAGGCGGUCUGAUGAAAUAAUUGAAUCAGGGAAUCAAAACACAUUGGCGAAUACAGCGGCCAAUACCCACAUGAUGGCGAGAGACAAUGGAGACGUACGACCAUCGAAAAGGAGGCGGCUUGAGGAGAUGAUGGAAAUAGAUGAUGAUGAGCGACGACCCUAUGAUGAUGAUCAUCUUCCUAUAGCAGGCCAUGGUGUUUUCGAUGGCGAUACCCAAGACUACUUUUACACGUUCUUUGCAAAGCUCCAACUACUACGGAUCUAUUCCCCUGAUACCACAGAUGAAGCCAAUGCUCUUGACUGGGAGCUGAGCCAACUCAUGAGAUUAUACCACGACAUCGUGUUGUUAAUCAAUAGCUUUGUGCAACCUGCUACAGCAUUCCAAAGGCGGCUCAAAGCAUUAUGCCAAAACAGCAACGUCUUUAAUAGAGAUACAGUUCUUUUUCCUCCAAUGCACCCUUGGCCUUCCAUAGAACUAUAA